AUGGUAUUGUAUAUCAUUGGAUUAGGGUUAGGGGAUGAAAAGGAUAUUAGUGUUAAGGGAAAAGAAUUAAUAGAUCAAUCAGAUGUAGUAUACCUAGAAUCCUAUACAUCCAUUUUAUUUAUAUCAAAAGAUAAAUUAGAAGAAUAUUAUAAAAAAAAAAUACAUGAAGUUGAUCGUAAUUUUGCUGAAGAAAAUUGCGAACAAAUUUUAGAUGAAGCAAUUAAUAAAAAAGUCUCUUUUUUAGUUGUUGGAGAUCCAUUAUGUGCAACAACACACCAUGAUAUUAUUCUACGAGCAAAGAAAAAAAACAUAGAUGUACAAGUAAUACAUAAUGCAUCUAUCAUGUCAGCAAUUGGUGAAAGCGGUAUGCAGCUUUAUAAUUUUGGCCAAACUAUAUCCAUACCAUAUUUUGAAGGAGAUUAUAAGCCAACUAGCUAUUAUAAUAAAAUAAAAAUUAAUUUAGAUAAUAAUUUUCAUACUUUAUGUCUAUUAGAUAUUAAAGUAAAAGAAAGAACAAUCGAAAAUAUAAUGAAAAAUAAAAAUAUAUAUGAACCACCUAAGUUUAUGACUGUUAACGAAGCAAUUGAACAACUCAUAUAUUGUGAAAGUGUUCAUAAUCAAAAUGUUAUUACAAAAAACACAUUAGCUAUUGCAAUUGUUAGAAUAGGAUCAAAGGAUCAACAAAUUAUAUCUGGAAAUAUAUUCACGUUAAAAACACAAAAAUAUAAUGAUCCUUUACACUCUUUAAUAAUAUGCGCCCCUAAUUUACAUGACAUAGAAAAAGAAUAUUUUGAUAUGUAUUCAGUUAAUGAAACUCCCAUUUGA